UUCAAGAACUCUCUCAGCUCUUUGCUCUCUCUCUCUCUCUCUCUCUCUCUCUCAAGAAAAUGCAACUCCUGCAGUGCCCAUCUUCUCCAUCUCUCUCCUUGUGCUGCUCAAAAGUUCAACCAAACAGGGGACCGUGUUUCGUGGCAAAUUCCCUCACGGCAUCGGCAAUCAGCUCUUAUGUCCAGCAACAGUGGCUUCGAAGCUCCAGAUGGAUAUCUCGCAAACCGCCCGUUUCGAAUUCCCCUGCAGCUAAGGCUGCUUCAGUGGAAGAGAGUACUUCUGCUGUUUCGGCUCAGACAGCUGAAAGCGAUGUGCUGAAGGCCUUGUCUCAAAUUAUUGAUCCUGACUUUGGAACAGACAUUGUUUCAUGUGGUUUUGUUAAGGACCUCCUCAUAGAUGAAGCUCUUGGAGAGGUUUCGUUCCGGUUAGAGCUCACUACACCUGCAUGUCCAAUCAAGGACAUGUUUGAGCAGCAAGCAAAUGAGGUGGUGGCCAAUCUUCAUUGGGUCAAGAAUGUUAAAGUUACCAUGUCAGCACAACCAGCAAAACCUGUUUUCACUGGUCAACUUCCUCCAGGGUUACAGACGAUCUCAAACAUUAUAGCAGUUUCAAGUUGCAAGGGAGGCGUGGGAAAAUCAACUGUAGCUGUAAAUCUUGCAUAUACUUUGACUGGAAUGGGAGCUAGAGUUGGUAUUUUUGAUGCCGAUGUGUAUGGUCCAAGUUUACCAACAAUGGUUUCCCCUGAAAACCGACUUCUGGAAAUGAACCCAGAGAAAAGAAGCAUAAUUCCCACAGAAUACCUAGGAGUGAAGCUGGUAUCUUUCGGAUUUGCUGGACAAGGCCGGGCAAUUAUGCGAGGUCCAAUGGUUUCUGGUGUCAUUGACCAACUCUUGACUACUACUGAGUGGGGAGAGUUGGAUUACCUUGUUAUUGACAUGCCACCAGGGACUGGCGACAUCCAGCUUACAUUAUGCCAGGUUGUACCCUUGACAGCUGCUGUCAUUGUUACCACCCCUCAAAAACUUGCAUUUAUAGAUGUAGCAAAGGGAGUUCGCAUGUUCUCGAAACUUAAGGUACCCUGUGUCGCUGUUGUGGAAAAUAUGUGCCACUUUGAUGCUGAUGGAAAGCGCUAUUACCCAUUUGGUAGAGGAUCAGGCUCUCAGGUUGUCCAGCAGUUUGGAAUUCCUCAUUUGUUCGAUCUUCCCAUUAGACCAACACUUUCAGCCUCUGGAGAUAGUGGAAUGCCAGAAGUUGUGGCAGAUCCUCAAGGUGAAGUUGCCAAGACAUUCCAGGACCUCGGAGUGUGUGUCGUGCAACAGUGUGCCAAGAUUCGUCAGCAAGUGUCAACAGCUGUAACUUAUGAUAAAGUCAUCAAGGCAAUCAAAGUGAAGGUCCCGGAUUCAGAUGAGGAGUUCUUUCUACACCCUGCGACCGUGAGAAGAAAUGACCGAUCAGCUCAAAGUGUGGAUGAGUGGACAGGGGAGCAAAAAAUGCAGUAAUCUGAUGUUCCAGAAGACAUUGAACUAGAAGAAAUUUGCCCAUGGGAGACUAUGCCGUGUCCACAGUUUGCCCAGGACAGAUUUAACCAGGCAACCAGAGCGUUUCUACUAUGCAAUAUACGUCCCUCAUUUUCAUCGUGGUUGGUCGGUGAUUUGAAUCUGUUAAGAAGGGCAAGGGCAGGUCAAUCGGCCAUUACCAUUUUUACUCUAUUUGAUUCCUCUUUAUUGUGUAGAUUGCUCCGUACAAUCAGUCGCCGAUGGUCGGUGUUCCUGCACGGUCAUGACAUGUUCAUUCAACUACCAUUGAUCAAAGCAUCGGCGAAAAGAAUUGGCAGACACGAGAACUUUCCUGAGAAUAGUAACAGACAUUGUUCUCUCUGCCCGCCGGAUGGCUUUUGAGUAAAGGUAGCACGCCGGAGAGGGCUUGGUGGCUCGAAUAGAUGAACUGAGAGAGAGAUAUGAACCUGGAAAGUAUCUGCACAUGUUUUUAGCUCUAUCCUCUGUCUUCUUUUCAUUUCCAUUUGGGCAUAUUGUGUAAGAAUCUCUGAACAUUAAGGAAUUCCAGUAUAUGCACCUUUUUCAUUAUAUCA